CAGCCGCGGCAGGCCAGCGGGGAGAUGCUGCCCCCGAAGCUGGGGGCGGGAAGGCGGCUGCGGGCGCAGCGGCCUCGGGGACUCGCCUCCGCGCGUGCUCAAGGCUGAAGGCGCCGGACCCUCCCCCACGGCGGCACGUACAUCGUCCGGCACCAUUUCCGUGCCCCGAAGACGCCCGCACGGGACCUGGGACCGCCAGUGCAGAACCCCUCCUGGGCGCUUCAACCAGCAGCAGAUGCGCACGCUGCUUCUCUCCGGCAGGAAAGCCUUCUAAGCCGGGCGCGCCCGGGCCCCCGAGGGUGGAACCGCGGCCCCUGCAGACACUCACCCCAAAGUCUCAACCUCGAACCGAAGGCGACACCCACCCAACUCCUCCCUCUCCGCCCCUUAGUCCAUCCAACACUCACAGCCCCUCCAAAGAAAAAGCCCAGCGGAAGAGGACUCCGGAAAAGUGACUGUCUCGGAAGACCAGGGUAGAGCUCCUGGGAGAAAAAGGCGAAGAUCCCCGGCCCCGGAUCGCCAUCCCCUUCCCUGGCACCACCUUCCCUAGACUGCGCGAAAGAAGAGGGUACGACGCCGGGGAGGGACUGGGUGCGCGGGCAUGAAGUUGGAGGUGUUCGCCCCUCGCGCGGCCCACGGGGACAAGCCGGGCAGUGACCUGGAGGGUGCGGGCGGCAGCGACGCGCCGUCCCCGCUGUCGGCGGCGGGAGACGACUCCCUGGGCUCGGAUGGGGACUGCGCGGCCAACAGCCCGGCCGCGGGCGGCGGCGCCAGAGAUCCGCCGGGUGACGGCGAACAGAGCGCGGGCGGCGGGCCAGGCGCGGAGGAGGAGGUCCCGGCAGCAGCGGCUGCAGCGGUGGUGGCCGAGGGCGCGGAGGCCGGGGCGGCGGGGCCAGGCGCGGGCGGCGCGGGGAGCGGCGAGGGCGCACGCAGCAAGCCGUACACGCGGCGGCCCAAGCCCCCCUACUCGUACAUCGCGCUCAUCGCCAUGGCCAUCCGCGACUCGGCGGGCGGGCGCUUGACGCUGGCGGAGAUCAACGAGUACCUCAUGGGCAAGUUCCCCUUUUUCCGCGGCAGCUACACGGGGUGGCGCAACUCCGUGCGCCACAACCUCUCGCUCAACGACUGCUUCGUCAAGGUGCUGCGCGACCCCUCGCGGCCCUGGGGCAAGGACAACUACUGGAUGCUCAACCCCAACAGCGAGUACACCUUCGCCGACGGGGUCUUCCGCCGCCGCCGCAAGCGCCUCAGCCACCGCGCGCCGGCCCCCGCGCCCGGGCUGCGGCCCGAGGAGGCCCCGGGCCUCCCCGCCGCCCCGCCGCCCGCGCCGGCUGCCCCGGCCUCGCCCCGCACGCGCUCGCCCGCCCGCCGGGAGGAGCGCGCCAGCCCCGCGCGCAAGUUCUCCAGCUCCUUCGCCAUCGACAGCAUCCUCAGCAAGCCCUUCCGCAGCCGCCGCCUCAGGGACACGGCCCCCGGGACACCGCAUCAGUGGGGCGCUGCGCCCUGCCCGCCGCUGCCCGCGUUCCCCGCGCUCCUCCCCGCGGCGCCCGGCAGGGCCCUGCUGCCGCUGUGCGCGUACGGCGCGGGCGAGCCGGCGCUGCUGGGCGCGCGCGGGGCCGAGGUGCCGCCGGCCGCGCCGCCCCUCCUGCUCGCGCCCCUCUCGGCCGCCGCCCCCGCCAAGCCACUCCGAGGCCCGGCGGCCGGCGGCGCGCACCUGUACUGCCCCCUGCGGCUGCCCGCGGCCCUGCAGGCGGCCUCGGUCCUCCGCCCGGGCCCGCACCUGCCGUACCCGGUGGAGACGCUCCUAGCCUGAGCCGCGCCGCGGGGCUCGGGAACGCCGAGUGCGCGCCGUCGGGGAGGCGGGAACGCGGGCCCGCGGACUUUGCACUUUCAAUCCAGAGGAAAAUGAAUUUUAAAAAUCUCCAUCAAACGUGCCUUAAAGCUAAAGCAUUUUGACAGGAGUAUUUGAACUUAGUCCAGGAUAUUUUCCUUUGUCUUUUAUAACUUUACAGAGGACCAAAGCAAUUCUUGUGUCAGUUUCUUUGCGAAGCCUGUCCCUCCUUCCCUUCAUAAGGACUUUUUUUGUCUUUCUUUAACGCCCAGGCUUCCUCUUAUUCCUACUGUUUUUGUCGCACCUUCCAUUGAUUUAUGUCCCUCCCUUCCCCUCUAAGUGCAUCAGGGAACCUUUCCACACUAUAAAUGAUAUGACUACUGUUUGGGGUUUCUGAGCCCUCAUCCGUGUACGUAUGUGGCGUUUCCAGGUAUGACUGAGUGUGAGAGACACGUCAGAGACUCUUCAGUCAUUUCUUGCUAUUGACCAAUGCUUCACUGUGCCAAAAGAGAAAAAAAAAAAAAAAAAGUUGGGUUUUGUAAUUAAAUUAUUUAUAUAUUUUUGAAACCUGAAUUGAAAAUGUUGCAGGCAACGGGCUACAGCUUUAUUAGUGGUUCUCUAACUGUGGUCUCCUUGGGCCAAGCAAUUUCUUUAAAGAAAAAGUUGAUUAUGUAUGUGGGGUGCCAGGACCACUGCCACUUGAAAGCAAGUGUGAUUUUUAUUUUUAAUAUUAUUUUAUUUGUGUGUCUGUACAUAUUCAUGUAUACAUUUUAUGAAACCCAAGCAUAGUGCUUAUUUUUUAAUAAAACUCACAACUGACUUAACACAUUGUG